AUGAACCAAACCCACCCCGCCGACAAAGAUAUCCAAUACGUCGGCUUCUUCCGGGUCGACAUCGAGAAGAGCAAGGUGCACAGCACCAAGCUCGAAGAAGACGGCCUUGUGUAUACCGGGUACAAGAACACCCAGGACUACUCUAACUUCCCUCCUCCUCCCAUCCAGCAACGUGCACCAGGUCCCAUCGUCAUUGACUUGGUGUUGUCAGACAGCGAAGACGAUGAAGCGCAUAGUAACGCGGCGCCCAAUUUGAGCACGUCGCGUACCCUCGCAAAACGCGCCGCUCCGGCAGAGACGAGUGUCCGUCGUACCAGCAAACGGCACAAGAAGGACGAGGAGGACGGUGGGCCGGUGAGCAAUCCCCGGAAAGGGAAAGCGAAGCAGAAGGCAGGCAAGGCGGAGGGCAAAGGGGACAGUCGGCGGCCAGCACGCCCCGCUGCAGGGAAGUCGAAAAGUCGCAGGGGGGGACGGAAGCCUAGGUAG